CUUGCGUGUGUGGCCCAUCCCCCUGUUAGAAGGCGUCCCUCGGUUCCUUUGAGGGGUCUGUGGCUGGCAGCAGGAUCCCUGACAUCAGUGUUGCUCCCCGGCUGCCUGCUGUCUCCAACCAUGGCUGCACAGCUGGUUGUAGCUCUGCUGGCUUUCACCUCCCUGAGCGCCGCCGCGUCCGAGCCGGACUGCAAGGAGCUGGUGAAGCCUCUGGUGCUGGACAGCCACAGCCCUAUCUAUGGAAAGUGGUUGCUCCACGUCGGCUCCUGGGACAAGCACGACCUGAAGACCGACCUGCUGUCGGUGCACAGCUCCUGGGUGGAACUGUCCCCCACCUCCGACAGCGGAGUCAUCUCCCUGUACUGGGCCGACCGUCUUAGUGAAGAGAAGUGCCUUCAGGGUGCAGCAAAUGUCUCCAUAUCGGGAAUAACAAGUCACACCACUUUUAUAAUCAAUGGUCACACUUCCUAUCAUGAUGGGAAGUAUUAUGAGACGUGUAGCGACUGCCUCCUGUCUGAGGACACCACCCUACUGCCUGAUGGGAAAUCAAAAGGCCGAUACCUGUUUCUGUUCACACGCACUGGAGCUCUGGAGCCUUCUGAGCUGGAAACCUUCAAAAAGCAAGCAGAAUGUCUUGGAUUUCUCCCAGAGUAUCACUUUGUAAGCACAGAUCUGUGUCCAGAUGACAGGGGGGAGAGAACAUCACCUGCUGUUAGGAAAACAGAGACAGAUCAAGCCGAGAAUCAGCCAGCUGAGAAUUAAAGCACACAGUCGUCCCAGCUCUGUGGGGAGCCUCCAUGGAUCCAGUUUAACAUGCACUAAGCUGCGUUAUCAUGUUGCAGUAGAUCAACUCGUUGUAGUUUAGCCUGAAUAAUUAAAUCUCAUUAAAAUUGAUUUAAUUUGUAUUAUUUUUUUCCCGGUUGAUGUACUUGUCGGUGAAUAAAAGCAGUUUUUAAUCCCCCUGAA